GGCGGGGCUAGGCUGCGGGGGCGGAGCUGAGUCUGUCCCAGGCAGGGCGCCGGCUGCCCCGAAAUCACCAGUCCAUUCCGCGAACUGCGCUUGGGCGGCUGGCGGAGAGUUUGAACCCCAGGUAGCCAGAGCUUCUAACCGGAAUGGAGGAAGGAAACUUCUCAGGAUCCGAGCCAUCUGAGGUGACGGAUGGGCAGAACACCAACACCACGAUGACGACCGAAACACACACAACCACUGAACACCAACCGAAGCCCCUUGUGGUCAGGCUCCUGGAGGUGCACAACUGUGAUGAGGAUGAAGAGGAUGAGGAGGAGGAAGAAGAAGAGGACCACGAAGCGCCCAAGACUCACAAAUCCCACGAGGCCUCCGUAUCCUUCAAGUCCGUCAGCUCCAGUGAUUCCCCCAAGGCCAGCGACCUUCCCCUGUCCUGCAAGGCCAGUGACUUCCUUGGGUCCUCCAAGGCCAGUGAUCCCCCGGAGUCCUUCAAGGCCCUUCAGUCAUCGGAGAGCCAGGAGGAUGUUAAAGAUGACUUGUUUUCCAACGCAGUGAUUAGGACCUCCCCAUCUUUGAUGACCGAAUACCCACCGCAGCUCCAGCUGACUUCCCAGAGAGCACACCCUGCUACCCGUGACCUUGUAAAGAAAUGUUUUUAUUCUAGAAAGAGAGUUCAAGAUCUUUCUAGACCGAAAAAGCAAUGGGGAACUCCAGAUAGGAGGCUGUUUUGGGGAAAUCAAGAGACCAUUCGCCCUGUUUCUGAGGCUGCUUUGAAAGCUCCGUCGAGCAAGAGAAUCGAGAACCUCGCACAGCCCAGGCUGGUCUCCCGACAUUAUGUGCCUAACAGAAUUCAAUAUUACUACAGCUGCGGAAGAGAUUCUGUUAUCUGGGAGAUCCCUCCUCCUGCACUGAUUACCCAGCCUUCCAAACGGAUCCAGAAACUGGCCAAACCCAACAGAUUCAAAACACAGAGUCUGAUAAAUAGAGAGAACUUACCAGGCACCCUUCGCUAUUCCGAUCCCUCUCCCCGGAUUCUGCGACUCUCCAUAGCCAAAGGCACAGAUCCCAACUACAUCCCUCCUAAGACUAUUCAAACUAAGAUUUCCUUCUCUACCCUGAGUGCGGUUGCAAGUCCAAGGAUUGUAGACCUUGCCCACCCAAGGAUUAAGAUAGAGGGUCUAUGCUAUGAAAGAGAAAGGAGUGAAUUGCCCAUCCGUCCUGUAGCCCCUGCUGCCCUGCUUGCCAAUCCUAGUGAAAGAACGAUAUUUCUAGCAAAGUCCAAACGUGUUCACGAAGACUAUCUCCCUAUCCGAGAUGCUCGAUGGCCUAUAUCUUAUGCUGCAACUCAUCCUCACGUGUCUCACAGAAUCCAGGAACUAGCCAAUCCACACACAAGGAGUCCAACGCACGUUGUAUAUUACGACCCGGAUGUCUUUAAAGUCAAGCCUUCUGCUUUGAAAGCACAUUGUUCCAACAGGGUCAAGGAGCUGGCGGAGCCCAUUGUGCGUUAACUGUAGCAGGCCACCCCAGGCAGACACAAGUUAUGUAUGUGGAACGCGCGGCAGAUGUCCUUGUUCCCAGCCUUGGUGUUUACAUCUUACCGAUCACCUCCCAGACACGCGACUUCCUGGAAACACUGCCGUGAGCAUCAGAUGGCACUGUGUGUAAUCUUGUCUUUACCAAGUUUGGGGACCUCACCCAGCAAUAAAAGAGAAAGCAGUGCCUGCCUCAUUACCCUCUUCGUGCUGGGAUCUCUGUUGGCCCCCGUGCUUGCCGCUCUGCACUGCACACAUUCUCUAACGUGUGCACUCUGCUCUCCGCCACCGCCUCUGGAUGGGAUGACGUGGUUUCCAUAGUCCCUGUGAGGGAACAGCCUACUUUAACUUCUUUACCAGUCUCCCCUGCCUCACUCCAUGCUCACAGCCACUCACCACGAAGGAGAGAAAAGAGAUAUCUACAUGGUGAUGCAACGUGGCCUGCCUCUAUAAUCCCAGCUACUUGGGGAGGCCGGGGAGAGAAGAUCUCCCGAGUCUUGAGAGUUCAAGAGCAGUGGGCAACAGUCACAUGCUGUCCCCAAAAGAUAAGUUUUAAAAAGAAAAGACUAGUGGUGUGGUACAUGUCUGUAGUCCCAGAAUUUGGAAGACAGAAGCAAAAAGACCUACUCCGUGUGUGUGUGUGUGUGUGUGUGUGUGUGUGUGUGUGUGUGUGUGUGUGUGUUUGUAUGUGCACGUGUGUGUGUAUGUGUGUGUAUUGUUUUUAAUGGCAAGCAUGAAAACUCUACCAAAUUGUAUUUGCUGAGAGUUUUUGAAUUUAGUUCUGUCUACCACUAUUACAAAUUUUAAUUUUUCUGGGACAUGCCUACAUUUGCACGAAGAUGAAUUUGCUCAAAAUCUUAAAUUUUACCCUGAAAGAGCUACUGUAUAUGGCAGGGCGAUGAGAGGCAGUAUUAUAAUGGUAUUGUUUUACUUUGAGUUUGGAGUUAGAGGGAUUUGGGUUUGUAUGUCUCCUGGACCAUUUACUGGGCAUUUGAGCUUAAUCAACUUCUCUGCUUCCUAUGUCUCAGUUUCCUUCUAAAUAAAGUAGGCUCUCCCCACAGUGUUGAAAAGUUUAAAUGGAAAAAUACAUAUAAUAAAGCACAAAUUUGAA